GUGAAUAAUAAUAAUAAUAAUCGGAAAAAAAACAAGGACAAAAUCUCGAGGUCAAAAAAUAAAUAUAUUGAUCGAUCCAUUCACAGGCAACAUAUAUAUGUCUGAUGAAAUGCUUCACAAUGAUUAACAAAGACUUUUUUUUGUGAAUUUUAUUUUUUUCAUUUUGAAAACAAACCAAUUGAUAAUGGAUGAUAAAUGUAAAUAAAUGGACAUGUAAAGUGAAAAUAAAAUCUAAAUUUACAUACAAAUUGACCUGAUUAUAUUGAAUUAAUGUCAAGUGAUGUACACACACACACAUACAGAUUCGAAAUAUAAUCGAUUGUUUCGUCCAUCUAAUCCUUUAUCAUAUUUUGAAUUCAGGUUUUUGGAUUAUCUAUCCGAUGAACAUAAUCAACAGAUUUACGGAAAUGAUCAAUUCUUAUGUCUAAAGAGUCCAUUCGAUAAGAAUGAAAUUCCUUCAUUUAUCGUGAUGAUCGAUCAAUAAUCAAGUUAUUGUGACCGUAUGACUGGUGAUGAAUAUAUACUUGUGGCAUAUUUCACAUAUAGGCAUGGAUUGUUUACAUAAACAAACAAAAAACCCGAAACCAAUAACCGGAAUCUAUGCAUAACCAGUCACUCUUUUUUUUUGUUAUUGUUGUUGUUGCCAUUGGGUUGUUUAACAUCGAUGAUGAUGAUGUGCUUGCCAUCGAUAAUAAUAACGUAUCCGGUCAGGUCAUUUAUUUCGAAUUGUAAUCACUGCUGUCAUCAUCAAUUUUUAUUUCAAGAAACAAAUUUUUUUUCAAAAAUCAAUUUGAAAUGAUGAUUUGGACCAAAUUAUGUUUGGUUAUUGUUUUUUCCAUUUUUACAUCGUUCAUAUCGUAUAGUGAUCAACAAUUAUUUCGUCCAGGACAAGAACCACAGAAUGUGAUAAAUUCUCUAUUAACACCGAUUCUAUUACGAAGUGAAUGUACGGCAGCUGUUGAUAAUCGUAUGGGACUUUGUAUGCCAAAAAGUGCUUGUCUUAGUUCUGGUGGAUAUGUUGCUGGCACCUGUGGAUAUGGCGUACUUUCUUGUUGUGUUUAUCAAGGAACAUGUCGAGCUGUUGUCACAUCGAAUGAAACAUAUUUUGUAUCACCAAAUUAUCCAAAUCUAUUGACUGGACGUGUUGAUCCACCUGUUUGUAUAUUCACAUUACAACGUAAUCCAUUGAUUAUUAAAUUUCCAGUCUGUCAAAUUCGUAUCGAUUUCGAUGAAUUCAGUUUAGCUCCACAUUAUAAUGGUGCAUGUGGUAAUAGUAUCACUGAUUCAUUCCUGGUUUCGGGUGCAUCAAAUUUUAAUCAAUCUGGAUUGCCAAUAUCUGGCCUAUGUGGUGAAAUGACUGGCCAACAUAUUUAUCUGGAUGUUGAUCCUGAAAAAACUGAUGAACCAUUGUUGUUGAUUGUAAAUACAGCCAAUCAACAGGAAUAUAAUCGUAAAUGGAGUAUUCGUAUACGACAAAUUCCAUGUAAAUCACAAUAUCGAGCACCAGCAGGAUGUUUACAAUAUUACACAGCAUUAAAUGGUAAUAUUGAAAGUUUUAAUUAUCGUACAACAAAUCUACCAGUGGUUACAUCGACAACACCAAAAUCAAUACAAAUAGUUGAUACAAAGAUUGCCAAUAAUUAUCUAAAUAAUCUAAAUUAUGGUGUUUGUAUUGCUAAACAUCCACGUAUAUGUGCCAUCCGUUAUUCAGCUAUUGAAUUUGAUUUUGGUGGCAGCCUAGCGGAUAGUUCAACACCAGGUGAUAAAUGUAUAUCAACACAAACAUUGGCAUCGGAUGGUGAUUUUCUUGUCAUACCAUUUGGUACUGAUCAAUUGAAAAGUAAUCUAAUUGAUCGUUAUUGUGGACAACGAUUUUCACCAACACCAACAGCUGCUUUAACCAAUGCCGAUGUUUAUUCUUAUAUUAAUCCAUAUGUAAUCUAUGUACAUACGGAUAAUAAUGCAAUUGCCGAUGCUAAUACAAUUCAAAAUCAAAAAGGAUUUCUAUUGAAAUAUAUGCAAAUACCAUGUUGAUUGUAAUUUUCGAUAAAAGAAUAUCUAUAGAUAAUAAAAGAAUUUUGCCAAUUAAAA